UAUUCCAUGUCAGGAAGUUGAUUUUACAGACCCAACUUCGGUGUAGCAAUCGAUGGUGUCACGUAUUAAAUAAAAAAGCGAAAUUGUUGGCUGUUAAUUUCUGUAAGUGCCAUUUCAGGAUGGGGAAAGACGGCAACGGCAAUACGCCUGUCAAGUAUUACCGACUACAAGAGGUGGAAGAGCAGAACUCCUUCAAGAGUACCUGGAUCAUCAUCAACCACAAAGUUUACGAUGUUACAAAAUUCCUCGAAGAGCACCCUGGAGGAGAGGAGGUGUUGCGAGAGCAGGGAGGCGGAGACGCCACAGAGAGCUUUGAGGACGUCGGACACUCGACUGACGCCCGGGAGAUGGCCAAGGACAUGAUCAUCGGAGAGCUGCAUCCGGACGAUCGGGAUAAAAUUGCCAAGCCCCCUGAGAGCGCUGUCACCACCAUUCAUGAAACAUCAAGUUGGUGGUCCAACUGGCUGAUCCCUGGUCUGGCUGCGGCCAUGGUGACGAUUAUGUUCCGCAUGUGCACCGGAGGUGAAGAAUGAGAACUCCUGGGCGGCGGCCACACCAGGGGACGAUCGGGAUAAAAUUGCCAAGCCCCCUGAGAGCGCUGUCACCACCAUUCAUGAAACAUCAAGUUGGUGGUCCAACUGGCUGAUCCCUGGUCUGGCUGCGGCCAUGGUGACGAUUAUGUUCCGCAUGUGCACCGGAGGUGAAGAAUGAGAACUCCUGGGCGGCGGCCACACCAGGGGUGCAUUUCUCAAAAUCAUAGUUGCUAACUACGUUAGCUACUUUGUUGUUUGCAUUGCCGUUUCCCAUUGGCAACUACCCAAGUUGCUAACUGGCUAACAACUACGCUUUCGAGAAACGCACCCCUGAGCAGCAGAGGUGUGUUUAUUUCAAGUAGAAGUAAGAGAGAAGCAAACACCCUCAGUAGGUACCCAUUAUGCACAGUGGAAUAUAACUGAUGUUAGAGAAGCCGACAUGGGGGGUUAGGGGCAAGGGGCUCAGUUGUCACAGGCCCACAGAGAUUGGGGGCCCAGAAUGGGGUCAUCAAAGCAAACAAGAAGGGGCCCUUUCAGAUGACUUUGUCCCGGGCGCGACCUUAAACUUUCAGCUGCGCUGACUGGUGUAACAGCUAUGCAUCAUACUACUAGUACUUAAUUAUGCAUUUACUUCUACUUUGAAGAGCUCUUUUCCAAAACGCUAUGUCCACCAUUUUUGACUUUUUGCAUUUUAAUAUUGGGAUUGAAUGUUAAGAUGUCCUAUCAUCUAUGUCUGAAUUCUUGCCAUUCAAAUAUUUUGAGAACAUACUUUAAAACCUCUAUAAGAAUGCAUUUUGCUAUGCAUUUCAAUGGAAAUCCCAAUACAAAAAUGUCAAUUUCCCAACAUUAUAUAAAUUGGAUAUAUCUCAUUUUGGAAAAGACCUCUUCUUUUCUUUUAUACACCCCUGCUGAGGCGUGAGCACACCAGCAGGAGUGAAGACGAGAAGGCAUGCCAUUGCUUCUGAGGAGAAUCGUUCUCCAUUCAGCUUAACCAUAAGACCGCUACCAAUAUCCCACUAAUCUAUCCACAAUCACAAGCGAUGUAACAAUAACCACUGACCAAAAAGGAUGUACCGACGAUGACAUUAUAUAAAUAUGUACAUGUAUGCUUUUGUGUGUAUUUGGAGGAUUUGUAAAUAAAUUCGUAAAUAAAUAAAUGCAAUACAUUUCCCAUA